UGAUGAAGAUAUCUAAACAUAAAGAAAAAAAAAUGUCUUCUCUCUUAGAUUGUAAUGAUGAAAUGUAUAGUACAAAGAAAGACCUCUUCAACUACGUGAUGAAAGGAAAAUGGGACAAAGUUGUGGAGCUAUACAAUGAUAAGCCAAUAGCUCACAAGGCAAAGAUUACCAAAUCAGGUGACACUGCGUUACACUUGGCGAUAUCCGAACAUCAAGAAAGUGUCGUUGAAGAUCUUGUAAAGCGUAUAAGAGAGAAAAAAACUGAAGAUGUCUUAAGAAUCCAAAACGAGAUAGGUUGCACUCCACUCCAUUUCGCGGUGUCUAUGGGGAGUGUUAGAAUGUGCAAAUGCAUUCUAGAGGCAGAUGAAUCGCUCGUAGAAGUCCAAAACAACAAAGGGGAAACACCUCUCUUCUGGUCCGUUCUCUACGGCCAGAAGAAGGUUUUUCUUUGCAUUGAUUACUAUUGUCAGCGCCGUUGUCGCUGCCAGAACACUGACAAUUGUAUUGAUGAGGUCACUAACCAGCUGAAAUAUGCUUAUUGUCGGAGGACACAUGAUGGGGAGACAAUUUUGCAUUGUGCCAUUAUAGGGGAGUAUUUUGAUUUGGCCCUUGACAUAAUAAGCCGAUAUGAGGGACUUGUAAAUAGUAGGGACACUCACGGAAUUCUCCCAAUCCAAACAUUGGCCACAAAGUCAUCUGCUUUCAAAAGUAGUCAUACCUUUGGACGAUGGGAAAAAUUCAUCUACAACUGCAUAUAUGUUGAUCAUGAGUGGAAGAUAGAAGAAUAUGAUGAUAAAACAGAUGAAUCACCCAGUGAAAAGACCAACGAUAGUAAUGUCAAUUAUCCUCAAAACAAUCAAGUGUGUGUCAAUUUCUUUGAGCUGUUUAAGAAAGCCAUCCACAUUGUGACAUAUUUGGGUAGUUGUAAGAAGGGAGAAUGCUUAAAGUGUGAUCUAGAGAAGGAUACCUUACAAUAUCACCAUAAAUCAGCAGUGGAUAGGUUUUGUCCUCUCAACAACAUCAUCUGCUUUGAGUUUGGCAAGUUAGCAUACAAGACAUUCUUAGUUGUUGUGGGACUUGGAUAUAGGAGGAUAGAGAAAUUGAGAGAAUAUAAGUUGAAACAUAGACUUGCGGUUGAAGUAUUAGAGAAAGUAUUGGAAUGUACAACAAUGUAUGAAUUUGACUCUGGCAACACCCCACCAGAUCACAACCCUAAUAAUCAUCAUAUUCAUGAGGAUGAGGAUCUACUACACAAAAUUGGUGAAAAAGAAUUUAAAAUAGGUGAAGAGAAUGAUUCAGCAUUACUAGUUGCUGCUAAGAAUGGGAUAAUGGAAAUAGUUGAGAAAAUCUUGCAACACUUUCCGGUGGCGAUUCAUGAUACAAACAAAGAUAAGAAGAAUAUAUUUUUGUUAGCAGUAGAGAAUCGACGAUUGAAUGUGCUCAAGUUCUUAGCACAAGAAGAAGAGAUCUACACCCGUAAGCUUUUGUUUCGAAAAGUAGAUAAGGAUUGGAAUUGUGCCUUACAUUUGGCAUCUAUUAGAAACCCUAGGCCUUGGCCAAUUCCUGGUGAUGCACUUCAAAUGCAAUGGGAGCUCAAUUGGUAUAAGUAUGUUGAAACCUUCAUGCCAUCCAACUUCUAUCUACGCACCAACAUGAAGAACCAAACCCCACAAGAAGUCUUCACCAAAAACCAUAAAAUGCUUGUGAAAUCCGGAGGUCAGUGGCUAACGAGCACUGCAACGGCUUGCUCCGUCAUUGCAGUGCUCAUUGCAACAGUUGCAUUCGCAACCUCAACUGCAAUCCCUGGUGGGACCAAGGAAAGCAAUGGCAAACCAAAACUCGAAAAUUACUUUGCUUUUGAUAUGUUUGCUAUUUUGUCACUAGUUGCAUUGUGCUUUUCCAUCACUGCCUUAGUCAUGUUCCUCUCCAUCCUCACAUCUCGAUAUGAAGAAAAUGAUUUCGCAAAAGAUUUACCGACGAAGCUUUUUCUAGGGUUAACAUCGUUGUUUGUGUCAAUAGCUUCCAUAAUUGGCUCUUUUUGCGCAGCUCACUUCUUCGUACUUGAAGACAAUCUUAGUAAGCAUGCAGUCUACCCUGUGUACGCUGUGACAUGUUUGCCCAUAACCAUUUUCGCCUUUGUCCAAUUUCCCUUGUAUGUUGAUCUUAUACAUGCCACUUUUAGGAAUGUUUUCGAGUAGUUUUUUAUAUUAUUUAUUAAAUAAUUGUACGCCAAUACAUAAUAACAGGAAAGUAUGUUCUAUGAUUCAAUAUUGUAUUUAUAAAUUGGUCAAUUCAAGAAUUGUUAAAUGAACCUUAUUUUCUCUGC